AUGGACUACAUCAAAGCUUGCUCUGUCUACCAAAAUGAACUGUCUCGGCGUUUGGUUCUCAUUACUCUAAUUUAUUACAAGCUUGUGACUGCAGUUAACAUUUUUGAAGCGUGUGAUGAAGAUAACAAAGGCUAUUUAAGCAGAGAGGACUUUAAAGUUGCUGUAGUAAUGUUGUUUGGUUAUAAACCAUCAAAGGUGGAGGUGGAUUCAGUAAUGUCUUCUGUGAGACCACGAAAUUCCAGUAAUACUCUAUUAUUUGAAAAGUUUUUAAAUCUCAUGAGCGCAAUGAAGGCUGCACAGUUAUACAGUAAUGAAACAAGGAAAAUGUUUUCAGCUUUUGCUGCGCAAGAUAGAGGAUUUUUGACUUUUGAAGACUUCCAGAGAGCCUUCAAUUCUGUUUCUCCUAAGUUAUCUGAAAAAAAUCAUAUAGAGGCUCAGAGAGAAGUUGAUCAAGAUUCUGAUGGCCGCACCAGCUUCAAAGAGUUUGAAUCUGCAAUGAAGUACAGACAAGAUGAAGUAUCACCAGUGUACUUUGCCUAA